GAUUUUAAGAGUGGACUUGGUAUUACCAUAAUUCCUAUGAAUGUCGCAAACGUAAAGCAAGUGGUUCGAACUGUAAAACAGUCUUUUGAAAUAAUCACUCCCUACAGGAGUUUUAGCUUUACAGCCGAGUCUGAGAAAGAGAAACAAGAGUGGAUUGAAGCUGUGCAGCAAUCAAUAGCAGAAACUCUCUCUGAUUAUGAAGUAGCUGAGAAGAUUUGGUUCAAUGAGUCCAACAGGAGCUGUGCAGAUUGCAAAGCCCCAGAUCCUGACUGGGCAUCCAUCAAUCUCUGUGUUGUCAUCUGUAAGAAGUGUGCAGGACAACAUAGAUCUUUAGGACCAAAAGAUUCCAAGGUUAGAAGUCUAAAAAUGGAUGCCAGCAUUUGGAGCAAUGAACUCAUUGAGCUCUUUAUUGUCAUUGGAAACAAAAGAGCAAAUGACUUUUGGGCUGGUAAUCUUCACAAAGAUGAAGAAUUACACAUGGACUCACCUGUAGAAAAGAGAAAAAACUUUAUCACUCAGAAGUACAAAGAAGGAAGAUUCAGGAAGACCCUACUGGCAUCUCUCACCAAAGAAGAAUUAAAUAAGGCUCUAUGUGCUGCUGUAGUGAAACCAGAUGUUCUGGAAACAAUGGCUUUGCUGUUCAGUGGAGCAGAUGUCAUGUGUGCAACAGGAGACCCUGUGCACAGCACCCCCUAUCUGCUGGCCAAGAAGGCAGGGCAGAGUCUGCAGAUGGAGUUUCUCUACCAUAACAAAUUCUCAGAUUUCCCUCAGCAUGACAUUCACUCCGAAGGUGGAUUAGGUCAAGAGCCCUCCCAAUCCACAUUCCUCUGUGACUUUCUGUAUCAGGCUCCUACCACUGCUUCUAAAGUCUCUUCAGAGAAAAAACUGCUUGAAGAGACAAAUAAAAAGUGGUGUGUUUUGGAAGGAGGCUUCUUGAGUUACUAUGAAAAUGAUAAGUCUACCACACCUAAUGGCACCAUUAAUAUCAGUGAAGUUAUCUGCCUGGCUAUCCACAAAGAGGACUUCUAUUUAAAUACCGGGCCCAUCUUUACCUUUGAGAUCUAUUUACCCUCAGAACGGGCAUUUUUAUUUGGAGCAGAAACAUCUCAAGCUCAAAGAAAAUGGACAGAGGCAAUAGCCAAGCAUUUUGUUCCCUUUGUUGCUGAAAACUUAACAGAAGCUGACUAUGAUUUGAUUGGUCAACUCUACUACAAAGACUGCCAUACCCUGGAUCAGUGGAGAAAAGGCUGGUUUUCUAUGGACAGAUCUAGUUUGCAUUUUUGUCUUCCAAUGCAAGAAGUUCAGGAGGAUAGAAUGCACUUAAGAAGACUGCAAGAGCUAACAAUCAGCACAGUGGUUCAAAAUGGGGAAAAAAUAGAUGUCUUGCUCUUGGUAGAAAAAGGGAGAACAUUAUACAUCCAUGGGCAUACCAAGUUGGAUUUCACAGUCUGGCAUACUGCAAUUGAAAAAGCAGCAGGUACAGAUGGUAAUGCAUUACAAGAUCAGCAGCUCAGCAAAAAUGACGUUCCCAUUAUUGUGAACAGCUGUAUAGCAUUUGUUACACAGUAUGGUUUAGGAUGCAAAUAUAUCUAUCAAAAGAAUGGUGAUCCUUUGCAUAUAAGUGAACUCCUGGAGAGUUUCAAAAAGGAUGCAAGAAGCUUUAAAUUGAGGGCUGGAAAACAUCAGCUUGAAGAUGUGACAGGAGUAUUGAAAAACUUUCUCUCUGACAUUGAUGAUGCACUCCUUACUAAGGAGCUCUAUCCAUAUUGGAUCUCCGCUUUAGAUACUCAAGAUGACAAGGAAAGAAUUAAAAAGUAUGGGGCAUUUAUACGUUCUCUUCCAGGGGUUAACCGAGCAACGUUGGCAGCUGUCAUUGAACAUCUUUACAGGGUUCAGAAAUGCUCAGAAAUCAAUUACAUGAAUGCUCAUAAUUUGGCCUUGGUCUUUUCAUCCUGUUUAUUUCAAACUAAAGGACAAACUAGUGAAGAAGUGAAUGUAAUUGAGGACUUAAUUAAUAACUAUGUUGAGAUAUUUGAGGUUAAAGAAGACCAAGUCAAACAAAUGGACAUAGAAAAUAGCUUUAUUACCAAGUGGAAAGACACUCAAGUUUCUCAGGCUGGAGAUUUGUUAAUUGAAGUGUAUGUAGAAAAGAAGGAACCUGACUGCAGUAUUAUAAUUCGGAUCUCUCCUGUGAUGGAAGCAGAGGAAUUAACUAAUGAUAUAUUAGCAAUAAAGAACAUAAUUCCUGUGAAAGGUGAUAUCUGGGCCACAUUUGAAGUCAUUGAAAAUGAAGAGCUAGAACGCCCUCUUCACUACACAGAAAAUGUGUUGGAACAGGUGCUUCGGUGGAGUUCACUAGCUGAACCUGGCUCUGCUUAUCUUGUGGUGAAGAGGUUCUUAGCCCUUGACACAGUCAGACAAUAUAAUGAGAGGAGGGCCCUGGAAAGUAUCAAAGAAGGAGUCUUGAAAAUUAAAGAAGAACCAUCUAAAAUACUGUCUGGAAAUAAGUUUCAAGACCGGUAUAUUGUUUUACGAGAUGGGUAUCUCUUUCUCUACAAGGAUUCGAAGAGUAGUAAAUAUGAGAAAAUGUUUUCUCUCGGUUCAAUGAAGUUUUAUCUUGGAGUGAAAAAGAAAAUGAAGCCUCCAACAAGUUGGGGAUUGACAGCAUAUUCUGAAAAACAUCACUGGCACAUUUGUUGUGAUAGCUUACAAACUCAGACGGAGUGGAUGGCCAGUGUCUUUAUUGCCCAGCAUGAAAAUGAUAUAUUGCCACCAGCUGGAAAGGAACGGAAACGUUCUAUAACCAAAAAUCCCAAAAUCGGAGGUUUGCCUCUAAUUCCAAUCCAGCAUGAAAGAAGUGCAACCCAAGCCAGGAAAAAUAUUGAGAGUGCGAGAACAGAGCUGGAGCGGCUGCGACUCAGUGAAAAGCGUGACCAAGAGUUUGGGGACGGCAACUUAAGGGAAAGAGCCUCCAUGGUGGCCCAGUGCCUCGAGCACAAGGACGAGAAACUUCGAACUCGAACCAGAAAACAUCGGAGUUUCAACUGUCUGGAGGACACAGAGGCUGAGGCCCUUCAGGGGCAACAAAAAAGCCAGAAAGCCCUCAAGACAUUGAGGAAGACUGAGGACAGGAAUGGCAAAGCUGUUUUAGACUCGGAUAGUAAGUUACCAUCAAAGGUUAUUGAAGAACUUAGCCUGGUUCUGCAGCGGACAAGAACCCUGCCAAAAGACUUACAGGGUGAGGAGAUCUUGCAGAAAGAGAUAAAAUAGUUUUGCAAAUUAUUUUUUAUAAUAUUGUAUAGAGUGUUUGCAAACCAGAAACCGAACAGUAAUUCAUGGUUUGUGAGAUUUGUCUAGCUAUACAUAAGCAUUUAAAUAGUAUUUUAAAAUAUAUAUGUACAUAUGUGGUAAGUAUAAGGUUGUGUUUUUUUGGUCCGAACAAAGCUUGUACAGUUCAAGUGUAUUAACCUUGUGUAAGAAGGCAUUGGGUUACUUUGAGUUGGCCAGGCUUUUAUAGUAGUUGUCUGUUGAGUGAUGUAAUUUAUGAGCAGAAAUCUCAAACUGUACUGUAUUGUAUAAAAUGCUUUGUUCAAAUGAAGCCUAUGAAAUUAUAUGUAACACAUUUUGCACUUUGAGAAACCUUGUAUAUUAAGUUACCAUAUUUUUUUAGGUUUACAUAGGGUCCACCAUAUGGAAAAGGAAAGGGAAGUUGUAAAGAGGAAGGAUUUUAGUGGCUACCUAUCAAAUGGAGUUUUAUAAAGAAGCAAAGAGUUAACAAAAAACCAAGGAGUUCCAUUAAGAUCAUUCUAGUUCACUAUGGACCAGAACUUACUAGUAAGAAACUGCUUAUUAAGAAAAAAAGUCUAGUGACUACUUCCCAAGAUAAUGUUCAGUCACCAAACAAGAAUUAUGGCACUGGCCACACUUACUUAUGGUGUUAGUGAACCGUCCACAGUGUACAUUCACUACUCUUCAGUUCUUCAUAGGUGGCUGCUGAGAAGAAACUACACUGCAUUGAAGACAUUGUACACGGGACCUGACAUGGGUGCCAUUUGCACUGUUGCUAUAUACAUUUUUUUUUAAUUCCUUACCAUGCUUUUUUACAAAUUCAUUAUCAUGGGGUUUUGUCAUUGUGUUUUGAUUUUUAAUUCUUAUUGCUUUACUUUGUAUUUCAUCUCUUGUUAUUUUAAGUAAGGUGGUGAUCUCUUUCUCUGCAACAUCAGAAUUAACUAGAAGUAUACAACAUAUGGCCAUUUUAGAGUGCUGAUAGUUUACCCCACUUUUGGUAGCUACUGGUUCACAUUUAAUCAGGUCUCUUUAUUAAAAGAAAAAAAAAAGUAGUCUUCUCCCUGUGCCUAAUAACAAAGUCCUCUGUUUUUUGCCUCCACAUUAGGGUCAGCUACUGAGUUGGUGGUUUUCCUCCAACACACAAUACUGUCUAAUUAUAGUUUACAUUAGGGACAGCGCUUUUAAUCCAUUUUCUAAGAAUUUUAUUAGGUCUGAUGAGUUUUGACUACAGUUAUCAGCUAUAGCUAGGCUACUCCCCUUUUCAAGGUCAUCUUCACAAUCUGUUAUAUGAAGGCCCAUACUUUUGUAAGUCCAGUCAUUAUAUGGGAAUAUACUCUUAAAUACUCUGAAUUUCUUCAUUGUAAAGAAGAAAUUCACUUUUAUCUGGAGGUGACAAAAUAGUUCACCAUGGGUGUAUGAUAUUUAUUCUUUAAAUCCAUAUCGAUUAGGUUUUUUUUUUUCCAAAAGAAACUGCAGGUCAGUUUAUGAAUUUCAAGGUGGCACUAUGAGGGAGACUUCAUUUAAAGCAAGAAAUCAUGGGUUUAGGGGAAAAAUCUAAAACUGUUAUCCCUAAUAAAUUAUAAUAUUUAUGAAAUGAGGCAUAUGACCAUAUUUGACCAUGGGAAAGUAUCUAGAGUUUCUUACCUGCCUUCUCUGAAGAUUUUUGAAACCUGAGCUUAAAAUCAAGUAGCUGUUUCCCUUCCUUUCUUGUAUAAUUGUCUCCAUUUUUCAAGAGUAAGAUAAGGGCUAAUGAUGAUGUCUCAUAUUUUGAAUAAAAAUUAAAUUGUUUUACAAGUCUA